CGCGGCUCUCGCUAAGUCCCUGAUCCCGCGCCGCCACCGCCGGCUUGUCACUGCGCAAGUGCGGCGGGAGAGCGUGGGGCGUCUUGAGGCUGCGGGCUGCGGACCCUUAGGAACGCGGGGGUUUGCGGCCUGUGUCCCCGCAGUCUCCAGCCGCGCACUUCCAGAGGCAGCAAGGCGUAGCGAGUAGAUUCUCCCUGCGCCCUGGGCUGUGUGGCCAUGGAGAAUCAGGUGCUGACGCCGCACGUCUACUGGGCUCAGCGACACCGAGAGCUGUAUCUGCGCGUGGAGCUGAGUGACGUGCAGAAUCCUGCCAUCAGCAUCACUGAAAAUGUACUGCAUUUCAAAGCUCAGGGACAUGGCGCCAAAGGAGACAACGUCUAUGAGUUUUACCUGGAGUUCUUAGAACUUGUGAAGCCAGAGCCUGUUUACAAACUGACCCAGAGGCAGGUAAACAUUACGGUACAGAAGAAGGUGAGUCAGUGGUGGGAGCGGCUCACCAAGCAGGAGAAGCGUCCACUAUUUCUGGCCCCCGACUUUGACCGCUGGCUGGACGAGUCUGAUGCGGAAAUGGAGCUCAGAGCCAAGGAAGAAGAACACCUGAAUAAACUCAGAAUUGAAAGCGAAGGCUCCCCUGAAACUCUUGUAAGCUUGAAGAAAGGGUACCUGUUCAUGUAUAAUCUUGUGCUCUUGGGAUACUCCUGGAUGUUUGUCAACAUGACUGUGCGGUUCUUAAUCUUCGGAAAAGAGUCCUUCUAUGACACUUUCCACACCAUGGCUGACAUGAUGUAUUUCUGCCAGAUGCUGUCGGUGGUGGAAACUAUCAAUGCAGCGAUCGGAGUCACUAAGUCCCCAGUGGUGCCCUCUCUUACCCAGCUUUUAGGAAGAAAUUUCAUUUUGUUUAUCAUCUUUGGCACCCUGGAAGAAAUGCAGAACAAAGGUGUUUUCUUUGUGUUUUACAUAUGGAGCACAGUUGAAAUUUUCAGGUACCCCUUCUACAUGCUCUGCUGCAUUGACAUGGAUUGGAAGGUGCUCACGUGGCUUCGUUACACUGUGUGGAUUCCUUUGUAUCCUCUGGGAUGUUUGACAGAAGCUGUCUCAGUGAUCCAGUCCAUGCCAAUAUUCAACGAGACAGGAAGAUUCAGUUUCACAUUGCCGUACCCAAUGAAAAUCAAAGUCAGAUUUUCCUUCUUUCUUCAGAUUUAUCUCAUAAUCUUGUUUUUAGGGGUAUACAUCAAUUUCCGUCACCUUUAUAAACAGCGCAGGCGGCUCUAUGGACAGAAAAGAAAAAGAUCCACUGAAAAGAAAUUAGAUGACUUCUUGCCAUUUAGACUUUUGAGCCUAAUCUAUAAUUCUUAAAGUUUUACCUUCUUGUACUGAUGUAAAAGUUUUUUAAAGUUAAAUGAUUAAAUUCUCAGUAAGGCUAUCUUCCAUUUCCCCCAGUAACAUCCUGAAUUUGUUGUAUUAUCUUCCUGUAGUUCUUGCAUGACAUCCAAGACAGGUUCGUCCUUCUGUGUUCUGCUAGUGACAGCAGACUCAGCCUGCUCCCGCCCGCUCCGGGUCCAGUCGGUCUGCUCCAUGCAAGCCAGAGAGGCUUCUUCAGUGUCCUGAAGCUACUCGGUACUGGCCAUGCUUACAGCUGGAAUUUGUUCUUUUCAGCUAUUGAUUGUGGAGGGAAAAAUCACCCUUUUGCUCUAUAGGGGGCUGAAAAGUGACCCAGGGAGGACCUAAUAUAUUCUAUACCCAAGGGUUACUUGUUAAGUAGGGUGGCACUGAGUUUUUUGAAAAUCAAUCCCAUUUGCUAGGACAUGUCUGAGUCCAAGUGGGCCUAGAGAACACACAUUACCUCUGAACUCUUGGGCCUUUCCCGCACUGUGUUACCAGACAGUGCUUACCUGUGUGGGCACAGAGUGCUUUGAGAGAAACCAGUCAGAACCUCGAAACACCGUGAUCACUUCAUUCCAAGAUAAAUCAGAACUGUUUUCAACACUAAAGGAAGAUGAAACACUAGUUAGGCAAUAAUGAGAUCAUAAGAAUUCCAAACCCAGAUGGCUAUGGGGAUCAAAAGGGUCAAACUGGCGAUAAGAUGACCGCUGGCAGUGCGGCCUGUGGCAACCUGGAAAUAUGAGAGUAGGCCAGGACAAACAUGCCUACAAAACAGUUAGGCUGUGUGUGAACAUAAAAACUCAAUCUUCCUUCCCCUACACUGGCUAAGUCCGUUUACCUGCAUACCUGUCAGAGUGAGUGGUGGGAUCGUGUUUUGAACAGACCUAAAAACACCUGCUUUCAUUCUGCCAUUGUCCCACCGUCCUGCAGUAGGCCGGUGAGCAGAGAACCUGGGCGGGAGAACAGCCAGCUCGUCCUCUAACAAAGAUUCCUGGCGGGAAACCCACCAACAGAGGAACGGGG